AUGGAUAAAGCAUGGACUAAACUCCCAAGACACUGGAAGAAGUAUAGAAAAGGUGUUAAGUCUUUUUUAGAUUUUGCCUAUACCACAGGAAGACCUCAAGGACGUGAAAUUUCUUGUCCUUGUGCUCAUUGUGUAAAUUGUAAAUGGGAAAGAAGACAUGUGGUCCGCGAUCAUUUAAUAGCUGUAGGUUUUGUGAAAGGAUAUGAUGUUUGGGUAAACCAUGGAGAGGAUAUACCAUCGCCUAUGAAAAUUAAGGAGGGCACAAAAGAGCAAGAGAACUCACUUGAUAACAUUGGUGGUUUAUUGUAUGACACAUUUAGAAAUGUGGUUGAAGCAGAGGAAAGUAGUGAAGCUCACAAUGAGGAUUCGAGAAAGUUCUACAAGUUUAUUAAUGAGGCAAAACAAGAGUUAUACCCCGGAUGUGAAAGCUUCUCUACUCUAUCGUUCAUAAUUCGACUUUACUUGUUGAAGUGUCUGCAUGGAUGGAGCAAUGCAUCUUUCACUUCCCUUUUAGAAUUAUUGAAAGAAGCGAUUCCAGAAUUAAACAUUCCUGAAUCUUUUAACAAAACAAAGGAGAUGAUUAGUGAUUUGGAUCUCGAUUACAAAAAAAAUUCAUGCAUGUCCGAAUGA